ACGCUGGUGCCUUGUGUCUCCCUAUGCGUAUUAAUACUCCGGUCACGACGUGUCUUAGAUCCUGAGUGGUGUUUGUCAUUAUAGCUCUUGCCGCCUCUGCCGAUCCGACUCUAUCCCCUCUUCGUCUUUUCCACUACCUAUUAGGUCUAAGUCUGGUCGUCGAUAUAAAUAGAAGAAAUAACAUAGAAAAAACGGUAUAUCCAUAAGACGAAGUGAUCAAAAUGGCUUCGGCGAGGCAGUUUCCCACCAUUAAAGCUGUCCGAUCAUUUGUGAUUGGUGGUGUAGGCUCAGGUGGUGACUAUCACAAUGUUAAAGGUGGCCAUUGGCUGAUCGAUACGGAUAUCUCGACACCUUGCUCUAUCUGGGACCAAUAUAAGAAAUCGAGAACUAGCUGGGGUAUCAACGUCUUAGGUUCAUUUCUUAUCGAGAUCGAGGCUAGCGAUGGCACUGUAGGCUUUGCGACGGGCUUUGGCGGCCCACCGGCUUGCUGGAUUGUUCACAAGCACUUCGAGAGAUUCCUUAUCGGGGCCGAUCCCAGAAAUACGAAUCUACUUUUCGAGCAGAUGUACCGAGCUUCUAUGUUCUACGGCCGUAAGGGAUUGCCGAUAGCCAUCAUCUCGGUCAUCGACCUGGCUCUAUGGGAUUUGAUAGGAAAGCUGAGAAAUGAGCCGGUAUAUAAGCUUAUCGGCGGUGCCGCGAGGGAGCGCAUAGACUUCUAUUGUACGGGACCGGAGCCGGUAGCGGCUAAGGAGAUGGGAUUCUGGGGCGCCAAGGUGCCUUUACCCUAUUGCCCUGCCGACGGCCACGAGGGUCUGAGGAAGAACAUCGAGUUCCUUCGCAAGCACAGAGAAAGCGUAGGGCCAGACUUCCCUAUCAUGGUCGACUGUUAUAUGAGCUUGAACGUGCCGUAUACUAUCGAAAUCGCGGAGAAGUGUAAGAGCUUGGACAUCAACUGGUGGGAGGAGUGUUUAAGCCCGGACGACACGGACGGCUUCGAACAAAUCAAGCGAGCCCACCCUACCCUCAAGUUCACGACAGGAGAGCAUGAAUAUUCGAGGUACGGAUUCCGUAAGUUGAUUGAGGGCCGUAACCUGGACAUCAUCCAACCGGAUGUUAUGUGGUUGGGUGGCAUGACGGAACUGCUGAAGGUAUCCGCGAUGGCUGCGGCGUACGACAUUCCCGUGGUGCCUCACGCGAGCGGCCCUUACAGCUACCACUUUGUCAUCUCGCAGCCUAACACUCCCUUCCAGGAGUACCUGGCGAACUCCGCCGAUGGAAAAAGUGUCCUUCCGGUGUUUGGCGACCUAUUCCUCGACGAACCUAUCCCGACUAAGGGUUAUCUGACUUCGGCAGACCUUGACAAGCCCGGGUUCGGCCUCACAUUGAACCCGGUGGCAAGGGCGAAAUUGAUUCCAUCGGACUACCUUUUAAGUCCGCCGGCGGCCAACGCGCUGCAAACGGCGACGGGACUACCCGACUCGAAGACGGAAGAGAAGGCUACCUAGGCAGGCAGGCAGGCCUCUAGAUCAGGUGACCGAAGGUGUAAAAGACCGAACCGGACGAUUGCUACAGAAUGCAAGCGUCUAACAAGAAAGCGCUCU